AUGGCGCCCAUCCCAGGAAUUCGCGAAGCAGCUCGCUUUGAGAACCAUUACAGCAUAGACUGGACAGAUUACGCAGCUGACAUGCAUACUAGCUACAAGCUGGCAAACAUCUCUCGCGAGCUUCAUGAUAAGUGGAUGGUCAUUGCCAGCGUUCUUUUUGCGAUCAUUGUGGUGGGCAUCAUCGCCCACUUUUGCUUUUGGGGAAGACACAGGUAUCCGCGGCAAACUACAUCUACCGAGGAUGAGAUGAAGACGGAGGACGCUGAGUAUCUGGAUAUGGUUGGGGAACCCCGCUCAGAUGGCUGGGUGUGUUUCAUUCUGGCCUGCCACGCUGUCAUUACCCUUGGUGUUGUCUGA